GAUCGGGUUGACACUAGCGUCAGGACAAGGAACACGGAACAGAGCCACACCAGCUAUAUAUACGGCUAUAGGGAUUCACUUUGAUAUUUGGUUUAUAUCUCAGAUAAGGUAAACAACCAGUGUUGAGAUAAGUGUUACACUUUUGUAGAUAUAACAUUAAUGUGCGUGUAAUAGGUUAUAGAACUAGGCCUGGAAAUACUCGUAAAACAGGGUACAGACCAGUCGCCAGUCGUGCUCCAGUGCAGCGGUUCGCGUGUUAAACCCAUUAGUGGAAGCACUACUUACGACAUUAAAAAACUUGCCCAGCCGGCCAUUAGAAGAUGUUUGGUAAAGGCGGGAGAAACUUGCACACUUUAGUGUGGGGAUGUUUGUAUGUAACAUUUUGGAUGUCACUUCCGGUAACUACAGCACCACUGACCGUUCCGGAAGUGGACCAUAACAAACCGACAGCCAGAAUAUUCGUACAUGUCCGACAGAGGCGGUCCAAGCACUGGGAUUUCUGGCAGCUCAAUAGUAAUGUCUGUCCACCAUCUUUAUGCGUCUCGUCUGACGAAGGUGGAGAAGAUCCGCCAAAACGCCCGAGAGGUACCGGCGGGAGUGUGUUUUACAAUGGAGACAUUGUCCUGGACCCGUACUCGGAACAAAUUAUAUUCGGUUCGGGCCAAGGGCGUCGAACGAAGCGAGCCACGGUCCGGAACCGCGACAGUUUGUGGAAGGAUGGCAUUGUGUAUUUCCUGUUUGACAGUGGAAUAAACCCCCUUGCGAAGAGAGCAGCCAAGCGCGCCAUGAAACACAUCAGUCAACGCACAUGUAUUCAGUUCAAGAAAAGGACAAAAGACACCAAAGAUUACGUGCGCAUCAUAAGUGAACCUGGGUGUUGGUCCAGUGUCGGGCGUCAGGGAGGUGAACAGAAAUUAAGUCUAGGCAGGGGGUGUGAACGGGAGAUCGGAACAGCCAUUCACGAGCUGUUACACACAGUAGGCUUCUGGCACGAACAUGCUCGCCCGGACCGUGACGAGUACGUACAGAUAGUGUAUCCCAACAUUUCCCCUCGCUAUGUCCCGGAUUUCCUGGCUAUCAACGAGACGCUGUCUAAACCCCGAGGGUUUCCGUAUGACUAUAAAAGUAUCAUGCAUUACAAGGACCGCACGUUCACCCAAAAUGGCGGGAAAACAAUCAGAGUUAUUGGUAUUGGGAAGGAUAUGAAAUUGGCUAUAGGACAGAGAGAUGGAAUGAGCGAAAUCGACAUUGCUCAGCUGAGGGACAUGUACUUCUGUAACCAAAAGCAGGACAAGAAUGAAACAAUCUGCCCUGAAGGUUGGGUAAAGUUCAAGACCAGCUGUUACCUAUUUGUCCGAAAUCCCAAAAUGCAAUUCGCGGGAGCCCAGAAGCACUGUGAGAAGUACAAUGGCCACCUUGUAGCUGUGGACAAUGAGUACGAAGACAAGUUUCUUAAUAAACACAUCAAACAGAACUUCCCCAAUAUCCGGAAGUGGCGCACGGGUGGACGGCGCAUCAACGAUACAUUCUACUGGGACCAGGGAGACAUCAGUGACUUGCAGAAACUCGACUUCCGCUUAGACUGGUUCACCUUUGACCCUAGAACGUACACGUCCCUAGUUCUGAGGAUGAAUGCGAAGACAAAAGACUUGGAAUGGAAGGGAGACUGGGUUGGGUCGGCGAAACAACUGCCGAAAUAUGCCUACCCCUACAUAUGCGAGAGACCUGCAAAACGUAAAUGCAUCAAGGGAAAGCACCCUGAUGGGCGAGACUACCGUGGGACGUUGGAUCACACACGUGACGGGAUCACGUGCCAGAACUGGACUUCCCACUACCCCCACGAUCACAAACUUGUCGACUCGGACGCCGAGGAGGAGGAUAAGGACGGGAUAGGUCCCCACAACUACUGUCGGAACCCUAUGUCUCUCAGAAGGAACCGACCCUGGUGCUUCACCAACAAACUCAAGGAGACCUGGGGGUAUUGUGACGUCAGCGUAUGCGCGCAGGCAGCCAAAGUAAAUGCUGACAAUGUUGGUAAUAAUGACAAUGUAGACAGUCCGGAUAAACAAAACCCCGAUAAUAGGGAAAGUGAUAACAACAGAAGUGUAAACACAAAUGUGCAGGAGCGCCAGACUAGAGACAAAGACACUUAUGAUGUGGUGAUCAACACGGAACAACGGGAAUCGGCAAGGAAUAAACCUGACAGACACAAGCAUCGAGGUCACAGACACCCAUCCCGUUCAUCUAAAGAAAAGAUGAUGAGAGACGGAGGGGUUAAAGAUAGAAAGAAUAAGGGCAGGAGGAAUAGAAAAAGGCGUCAAAGGAGAAACCGGAACCAGAAGAGCUGAAUUUGUGACGAGUAAUACAUCGUGUCCAGUCUCUACAAUGUUGACACUGUUAUUUAUGAUAGUGACGAAACGACGUGAGAAUUAAUGACGAGCUAAAGACUUCCAGUUAAGUCUGGUGGUCUAGUGAAAUCAAGAUGAUUGGAGAGGUCGCCAGCUGAGUGUUGACUCUUUGCAUCCAACCUCGUGACUAUCCCAAUCCCAGGGGAUGAAAUGGCUUUCCAAACCACAGGGAAGGAGCAUAUUUGGUGAGGCAGUGCAAGACUCAAUGCAGCUGUUCAAUAUCACUUUCGAAAUUUCGAUAGUUUGCAAUAUCAUACGAGGACUCCUCAAUAAUCCGACCAUAUUCGUACUACACAUUAGCUCAUAGAUCUUCAGGUUCAUUAUAUUACAUAGACAGAAUGUGUUUCUUUUCGAACCAUUUGAAGAAAUAGGCAUGUGUUAAUGCUUUAAGAGCGACAAUCAAAACUCCUGUGAGAUUAUCAUGUGUUGUGAUAGAGUGUGUGUGAGUGAUGUAGGUAUAACAGAAACGUUAUAGAACAUAACAAUGUAUAUAUAUAUGCAUGUCUGUAUCACAGGAUAAUUCUCGUCUUCCAAACAGUUUUAACCGGGUUUUUGUAACUUAUUUUUAUCCGGGCGCGAAUUGUUUUACCAUAAUCAUAAGCUUCUGAAUUCCAUUAUUAAUUGUUGCUGCUAAAAUGAACGCGAGACUUAUCUAAAUUUAAUAUAUUGCUUAUAUGUUUUGUUUAACUGGGACAAUGUCACAAAUUAAAUUGAUCAUAUUGAAACCAAAAAAUGUUGUCUUAAAAAAUAUUUUAGUUGACAUUUGCUUUGAGGUUUUUAAUUGUUUUUACCUAUAAGUUGUUGCUGUGUUUGAUAUAUGGUAUGACGUUGACGAACUACGACGUCACAGUUUUGUAAUGAAUUGUUGGAGUGUAUGACGUUACAUUGUUGAAAAGAGUUGCUGUGUGUGACAUCACAUUGGUGUGUUGAAUUUUUGGUCUGUAUUACAUCACAUUGAUGUUCUGAAUAAUUGGUAUGUAUGACGUCACAUUGUCGUUAUAAUGUGUUGGUGGUAUGACAUCAUGUGUGUAUGACAUCAUGUGUGUAUGACAUCAUGUGUGUAUGACGACACAUUGUCGUUUGAAUUGUUGGUGUGCAUGACGACAAAUUGUCGUUUGAAUUGUUGGUGUGUAUGACGACACAUUGUCGUUUGAAUUGUUGGUGUAUAUUACGUCACAUUGUCGUUUGAAUUGUUGGUGUGUAUGACGAAACAUUGUCUUUUGAAUUGUUGGUGUGUAUUACGUCCCUUUGUCGUUGGAAUCGUCGGUGUGUGUGACAUCAGUGCCAUAUAUAGUAACAUUUAAACAUAAUUAUAUCAAAGAGCUUGUUAACCAAUGUUUCCCAAUCAGAACCUUUUUUUAUCUACAGACU